AUGUCAGACAAGCUCAAGGAACGCAAAAGAACCCCCGUUUCCCACAAAGUGAUAGAAAAGCGGAGGAGGGACCGGAUUAACCGCUGCUUGAACGAGCUGGGCAAGACCGUGCCCAUGGCCCUGGCGAAGCAGAGUUCCGGGAAGCUGGAGAAGGCGGAGAUCCUCGAGAUGACCGUUCAGUAUCUGAGAGCCCUGCACUCCGCUGAUUUUCCCCGGGGAAGGGAAAAAGCAGAACUGCUAGCGGAGUUUGCCAACUACUUCCACUACGGCUACCACGAGUGCAUGAAGAACCUGGUGCAUUACCUCACCACCGUGGAGCGGAUGGAGACCAAGGACACCAAGUACGCGCGCAUCCUGGCCUUCUUGCAGUCCAAGGCCCGCUUGGGCGCCGAGCCCGCCUUCCAGCCGCUAGGUUCGCUCCCGGAGCCGGAUUUCUCCUAUCAGCUACACCCGGCGGGGCCCGAGCUCGCGGGCCACAGCCCCGGGGAGGCCUCCGUUUUCCCGCAGGGCGCUGCCCCCGGGCCCUUCCCCUGGCCGCACGGCACGGCCCGCAGCCCGGCGCUGCCCUACCUGCCCAGCGCGCCCGUGCCGCUCCCGAGCCCCGCGCAACCGCACAGCCCCUUCCUGGCGCCCGUGCAGGGGCUGGACCGGCACUACCUCAACCUGAUCGGCCACGCCCACCCCAACGCUCUCAACCUGCACCCCUGCCAGCACCCCCCGGUGCUCUGA